CUCAGAUGGGAACCUGAUUUCGUUGUUGAUUCCCCUCAGAACACAAUUUACCGCAACACCUUGUGUUGUCGUGACGUCUCCAAUCAGGAAGAGGAACUGGAUUCUGUCGUCAAAGACAACUUCAUAGUUGUGUGUUUCUUCUCUUGUCUUUAAAUAUCACGAACGCAAGCUACUAUGAUGCGUUUAAGACUGCUACCUCUGGUUUUGACUUUGUGGGCUGUUUCUUUCGCCGAUGACACGAGCAGCAAGACCACCGCCACUAAGCCCACCGUACACAAGAACACUUCCAAUACCAGUAACGUUACAGAAGAGUCUCAGAACUCCACCAACUCAAACAUGGGCAUCGGUCUGGACGGCGCGAUGAUAAACAGGGCUCUGUAUGUUCUGAUCGGGAUCACAGCCAUCGGAGUUCUCUAUUUCAUAGUGAGAGCUGUCCGUCUGAAGAAAACCGGUGUUCAGAGAAAGAAAUACGGGCUCCUGUCAAACUAUGAUGACACAAUGGAAAUGGCCCACCUAGAAAGCGACGAGGAUGACACCACUGUUUACGAAGCCAAAUCUUUGAGAAGAUGAAUGUCUGGGGGUGUUUGAUACUGCCAGAAAUAUAAUACGUUGAAGACAAUCCCAUUAUUUCCACCAAAAUGGUUGUUGAAUGAUGUUGUUGUCAUGAGAGGAUCUAGUCACUAUGCUUGGAUGCCUUUUUCCAAGAUUAAGUGGAAUGUGUAGGUUUAAACUAGAUAUAUUUUGGACUGAUAUGGCCAAAUAGAUCUUCUUGGACAUUUCUGGGAAGGUCAUAAAGUUUGUUGUGGCAGAAGGUCAAAACUGUGUUUUGUGCCAAAGUUACUUAUGCAUAAUUUUUAGGGGUUUGAAACUCUUGUCUGAGUUAACGUGUGUUAAUAAUUAAUAUUGUAAAAGAUUACCCCUCAUUUCCAAUCCACCAACACUGAAAGGCCUGAAAGUUGUUUGCUAAUUUAUGGGACUAGUAUAUUGUUUGGGCUAUCUGAAGUUGUCAUUUUUUAGGUGUAUUGUCAAAUUAUGAUAUAUAUAUAUUAUGCCUUUUGAUGUUUUCUUUCAAAUAUCCUUGUUUUUGUUCUUUUCUUUGUGUCUUUUUUUCAUUGCUAUACUGGGACUGUACUGGGUAUUGAUUUCAGAUGUGAAUUAUGGAAUAAGUGUGAAAAAGUCACAGAUUCUGUGUGUAUGAUUCUGCCAAAUACCAGCAUAUGUAAGAGAUGCACUUUGAUUUUUAGGGUUUAGAAACUACAAAAGCAAAACGUGGUAUUAUAUGACAUGGUGACACUCCUGACCACUCAUCAUUGUACCAUUUCAAGAUUUUUUGCAUAAAUAAAAGGAAUUACAUUUUUAGAGACUAAACAUUCCCACACAAUGUUGGUUCCAAAUGUAGAUGUGCUUCUGUGUUCAGUGUUACUCAGCAUGAUAACUGAGGUUUUGUGAGUCUCAACCUGCAUUAUUUUUUUUUAAAUUGGGUGUGAUUCUGCAUUGUGUAAUGGUAAUAUUUAAUGUGCUGUGAAAACAGCAAGCCAUCUUGAGGUAUAUGGAUCCAAUAUCAGAAUUCUCAGAUUUCCAACUUGAACAUUUAAGGGGUGUGUAUGACAGCGUUGAUGACAUGGUGUUCUUUGAAAAACAUUCACUGGUUGUUGAUGCUGUCAAAUACUGUUGAACUGAAAUGCAUGAACUAUCAGUAUCACUGGAUCUAUAUUUAAUGUACACAAUUUCAAUGAUUCCUGAAGUGUGCCUUUCAUUCAUUCACUUUUUGUAAUUGCAUUUGAUUGGAUGUGUUUUGGGCUCUUUUGAAAUUAAAUUCUCUUUUCUGUUUUCA